AAAAAAAACUCAUGAUUUGAAAACUGAAAGAGAUCCCCAAAACAAGAAAAGAUCACUCUUUCCUCCAUCACUCUUUCCUCCAUGCCGACACUUUACGACCUUGCAACCAGCAAUCCUGUCAUUGGAACCGUUCUCAAGUUGGAGGCGAACUCGCCCCCAGGCAGUUGGCCAGUGGUUGGAGCGAUGCAAAUCCCGCGAUCAGCCCUGUUCAACAUUCUUUUUGAGUUGUGCGACGUCACUUCACACAAUAUGCGCCAUGUUGUGUGUGAGCUGAUGCUCGAUCUCAUCUAUGCCCGCUUUGAAGAACCAUCGAGCAAGUCGACGCAAGACGUUGCAGUUGUUGGCAACUGUCUCGACAUCUCCGGGCGAGUUUCGUCAUCUGAACUGCCACUUCGUCCAGGCUCUAUUUCGGCAAAAGAACUAGAGUGCUACAUUCAAAAACUGCUCCCAGACGCCAGGUCGGCCUAUGCUGUCACCACGCUUAUCCUCUCUGACAAUGAGCUCCGGAAUCCAGACAUGGCUUACGCCGCCGCGGCUGUUCAAUUGCUACCAUUGUGCCGUGCAGUCAAGUUGCGUCGCAAUCGGUUUGGCUACGGCACACCCGACCGCGCUAUGAUUGCCGAGCUGCGUAAGAUCGUCGAGAAUGAGUCUGUCCGAUUUGUCGAUGUCGCUGGCGAGAUGUUCACUGGCAGUGACUGGCAAGAGGCGUUCAGCGACUGGCCUGAGGCCCUCUGGCAAAAGCUUGUGUUUAUUCCGCUGGUUUGGCUGAAGGGACACAACUGGAACAACCCCGACAUUUGCGGGCCGUUCGUGGCCGCAUCUCGAGCAUGCCAUGAGCGCUACUAUGCCAGCAACGAGCCCGAGCCCAUCUUCUGAGGUUUCUGGUGCUCUCUUUUGCCUGAACCAUGCUUCGGAAAGCCUCAUGGCGAUAACCAUGAAGUCUCGCUUUUGGAAGGCGUCGAACUAUCGAACAAUCGAAAUGCGAGCUGGUGAAUCGUAAAUAAAAAAGUGCUAUCAUCGCAGUUAUCACACACAACCAA